AUGGAUAAGGACUACAAAGCUCGAAAAGAGGCUUUCGUGUCGAAUCACACGGGUGGGACUAUUAACGAAAUCAAUGCUGUGACACUUGUUUCGCCGGCCGCUGUCUUGCUGUGGUCUGCCCUGCAGUCUCGCCUUUCCUUCUUCACACCAUACACUGCCGCGUCACUCGUGACGGACUUUCUCCUCAAUGUCGGAGCCUUCCUAUUCGCGACUACGGUGUAUUCCUCCUCCCCCCUUCUCCUGAACAUCCUUCUCGUCUCUCCAGCCGUCCUUAUCCUAUUGGGAUCCAAACCGACUCGUGCGCCUCAGAAAGCGAAACCUCCACGAUCUACGGACACGCAAGAUGGAACUUCUGAGACGCAACAGGACAACAAGGGUCGUUUGGAUCCGUUUCCAAUCCAUCCGUUCCUUACCACGUACCGAGCUGCCAUGAUGGUGGCCACCUGCGUUUCGAUCUUGGCGGUCGAUUUCAAGGUUUUUCCCCGGCGUUUUGCCAAAGUUGAGAACUGGGGUACGUCCCUGAUGGACUUGGGAGUUGGAUCCUUUGUCUUCUCUGCGGGUGUCGUGUCCGCUCGGUCGAUCCUCAGGAACCGAACGGCCUCGUCCUUCGCGACAUUGCCCCAAAGAUUGGCGGCAUCGACGAGACACUCCAUCCCGCUGUUGAUUCUGGGCCUUAUACGCCUCUACAGCGUUAAGGGACUGGACUAUGCAGAGCAUGUGACUGAGUAUGGCGUACACUGGAACUUUUUCUUCACAUUAGGUCUUUUGCCUCCGUUUGUGGAGAUCUUUCACUCCCUAUACGCCGUUAUACCUUCUUACGAAGUUCUCUCUCUCCUGAUUGCGGUCGCAUACCAAGUAGCUCUCGAGUCGACCGAGUUGAAAGCUUACAUUCUUAUCUCGCCUCGCGGCCCAGAUCUCCUCUCGAAGAAUCGAGAGGGCGUCUUCUCUUUUAUUGGCUACCUUGCUAUAUUCCUUGCCGGUCGCGCCACUGGCCUGCGCAUAAUUCCCCGUGGCACUUCCCCCUCUAGAACCCCUCAGCAGGCCCGGAAGAGGGUUCUUGUGUCGUUAGCGAGUCUUUCGCUGUUCUGGACGGUGCUUUUCCUGCUCAAUUCCUCCUACGUCUUCGGGUACGGUGCUGGGAUUCCGGUCUCACGCCGCCUGGCCAAUAUGCCGUACAUGCUUUGGAUCGCUGCGUUCAAUAAUGCGCAGAUCUUCCUGCUCUGUCUUCUGGAAACGGUCUUGUUUCCUUCCGUGCAUAGAGCGCCCGACAAGGAGAGUGAAGCUGAGCGAAUUUCGUUUGCGACCAGCCGACUCAUGGCGGCCUUCAACAAGAAUGGACUGUUCAUAUUUCUGGUUGCUAACAUGCUCACGGGGGCGGUGAAUCUGAGCAUGAACACCCUGGAUGCAAAUACAUGGCAAGCCAUGGCAGUUUUGGUUGGCUACUUGGCCGUGCUGAGCGGCAUUGCAUUGAUAUUGGAUUUUUUCAACGUGAAGCUAAAACUGUAA